CGAAGUGUGAGUGGUGAGCUUCUCAUUCGCCUUUGACUUCUCUUCCUUUGAGAGGGAAAUAUACUCAAAGUGAGAGUAGAGAAAGAGAGGGAGCAAAAAUAGGACAAAAAAGGUAAAAACAUGUGUUGUACGGGGAAGUGUGCCCGCCUGGUGGGCCUGAUUCUGCUGCCUUCCGCGUUCAUCUGCAUGAUCUCCAACCUGCUGCUGUUCUUCCCCGAUGGGAAGAAACUGGAAAAUGAUCAGAUCUCCCUCCAGGUCUGGCUCAUGGGGGGGCUCAUCGGAGGAGGCCUCUUUAUGCUGUGUCCGAGCUGCUCAGCUAUCAGGGCUGGGGGCAAGGGUUGCUGUGGAACAGGUUGCUGUGGCAACCGUUGCCGAAUGCUGAACUCUGUGUUCUCCUCUGCUUUCGGCCUGGUUGGAGCAAUCUACUGCACCAGUGUGGCCUCUGCAGGUCUGGCUAUUGGACCCAAGUGUAAGGUGGCCAACGACAAUUGGGAAUACCCCUUUGAAGACCUUGGCACUGGUAAUGGCAGCUACCUUGUAAACCAGACUCUGUGGACAAUCUGUAUUUACCCUGACAACGCAGUGAUGUGGCACGUCGUUCUGUUCUCCAUACUGCUGGCCAUGGGAGUGGUGCAGCUGGCACUCUGCGGCAUCCAGGUGGUCAACGGCUGCUUGGGAUGCAUCUGUGGGGACUGCCGCGACAGCAAAGAUGAUGAUGGUGGAUUGUGAAAGUGAAGAAGAUCGCCCAGUUGUAACACACCUUCACAAGGGCCAGGAGGCAUCUUCAGGGAUACCUCUCUAUGAAACAUCUAGGGGUUUUCUUUUGAGUCUGUAUAUUAUAUGGCUUUUUCAAAUCUAUCAAAGCCUUACUCCAUUAUUGUAUGAAUGUUUUUCUAGCUGAUUGUGUGUGU